AUGCAGGAUAUUUCAGUAGUGCCAUCAUUCAAUAUUGGUAGAGAACGUCGCCUACUGAGAGCCAGACUCACGUUCAUUGUGAAGGUGGAGAAAAAGGUGCUGUGUAUGGCGAACAGAAGGCACCAACCGGUAGCUUUCGAUGAGGCAAUCCUGAAGGAAAAGAUUUCUAGGGAGGAUGGAGUCUCCUGGAUGACUGCAUGUGUUCCAAACAUUGAUCAUUCUCAUGGCUCUUCUCUGAACCCCCUCCAAUUUUCUCAACUUGUUGGCACCAGAAGUGGACACCAUAUUCCAGCAACAGCUGCACCUGUGCCAACCUCUAUCUCUCUAAGUGAGAUGGUCUUGCUCGGCCUCUCACAGCCCCAGGUCCUUAGCCUGGCUUUGGCCAGCUUUCUCCUCCUCUCCUACUCAGCCGUGCUGCUGGGGAACCUGUCCAUUAUCCUGACCAUCCGCACUGAGCCACGCCUGGCCGCUUCCCCCAUGUACUACCUUCUAGGCAACCUCUUUCUGGUGGACCUGUGCUACACCUCAGUCACCACCCCCCAGAUGGCCCUUGGACUGCUCUCUGGCCAUGCCACCAUCCCCUUGGGAGAGUGUCUGGGCCAUCUCUUCUUCCUGCACUUCUUGGGCUGCACCGAGAUAUUCCUCCUCACCGCCAUGGCCUACGACCGCUACGUAGCCAUCUGCCAGCCUCUGUACUACACGACCAUCAUGGGCUACUGCACCUGCGCCGGGUUAGUGGCCGGCUCCUGGAUGGGGGCCCUGGCCCACUCUUUGGUACAGACUCUACUGGCAGCCACAUUGCCCUACUGUGGCCCCAACCGCAUCGACCACUAUUUCUGUGAUGUGGCCCCACUGCUAGGCGUUGCCUGCACUGACACGUCCCUAAUGGAGAUCCUGGUGGUGUCCAACACCAGGGCCAUCUCCCUGGGCUGCUUCCUGGUGUUGCUGGUCUCCUACGCGGUCAUCUUGGCCUCCCUGCGGCGCCUCUUUGCUGAGGGCAGGCGCAAGGCCCUGUCCACCUGCAGGGCCCAUCUGAUGGUGGUGGCCAUCUUUUUUGGACCCUGCAUCUUCAUCUACACUAGGCCCUUCUCCACCAUCCCUGCUGACAAGGUGGUGUCGCUGUUGGCCACUGUGGUGAUACCCGUGCUCAACCCACUGAUCUACACCCUAAGGAACACAGAGAUGAAGGGAGCCAUGAGGCAGCUGUGGGGCAAGCAGGUGAGAGCAGAGAAGUGA